UUUUUUUCUUUGGGCGGUAAAAGAGAACUUUUAAAAUAUUUAUUUGGCUCAUUUCGCGAGAUAAUUAUCGCUGAAUUGGAAAAAAUAUUAAUUAAAGAUGAAAGGACGACAAAAUUUAUUAAUUUAUUACAUUAACGAGUAUUUUAGAUGGAGAUUGUUGAAGGUUGUAGUUCUGUCAGCCAUCUCAUCCUUGUUCAUUUUAAUGGCAUCAGCAGCAUUAGCAUCAUGUAAUCCACUCUCUCUUCUUAUUUGGUCACAAGGCAUAUUAUAUUCAAUGUUUCAGUUGAAGGUAUGGCUUUUUGAAUUUGUCUUAGUCAUCUGUGUUGUUGUGUUGAUUCUCUUCAAUGAAAGAAAAUUCUCAGUGACAUCUUGUUUGCACACUAAAAGAUUGGAUCUAAUCCUCCACUUACUACAGCCAAUGAAUGUCAUCCACAUUGGCAUAUACUGUCUAAUGUCUUUGCUCUCCCUCUGCUUUCUGGUUCAGAUGCUUAGAAAUGUCUCUCAUUAUUACCAAGUAGACAGUGCUGAUGUUGAUCGGGAUGGUGAUGGUGGUGCAGAAGAGAAAAAGAAGGAUCCAGAUGAUUGGGUUCAUUUUUGUAUAAGCAGAAAGUUUGGCCUGACCAUUAUUUUGGGUUUAUUAGUUUUCAUCAAGCACAUCAGCAGUGGUUCAUUUUAUUUACAAUUCUCAAUUUUACAGUUACCAAAGAUUCUGAAAUUGAAGAUAUCAUUGAAAGAGUUACUCUCUCAGACUCUGCACUCCUCACUGACUUGGCUGUUGGUUCUGCAUCCUAUCAAUCAUUUUGUGUUAGAGCCGUUUGCGAUGCACUCGUUCGACGGCUUCGUUUCAAAAAGUGAUUUUGAAAUCUAUGAAAAAAAUCGUAGCAUGUGGAACAUUCACGAGAUCAUCUUCCAUUACGUGUACAUCGUUUCCAUCCAUCUAAUACUAUCUGUCCCUCUUCAUGUACAUUCUGUAUUUGUGACUGAGCCCUUGGAAUUUCCGAUUAUUCCAAAAUUAGCAGCAGAUGAUCUCAGGUGCCUGUCCACUGCGUUGAAAUUUAAGCAGAAGAAAUUAAUUCAGUACCUAGCCCUUCUCGACCUCCGAAUGCUGUCGGAAUUCAGCAAGUCUCGUAGACACGAACUGUUCAGCCUCUCGACGCCAGGCUUCCACCCGAUAUACUGGCAGUCUAUCACGGAUGAAAUUUUGAAAGAACUGGAAGUUUUUUCAUCUAAAAUCAACGGACAUCUCGAUGAAAUUGUGGCCAGCAAUAUGGCCGGAUCUGUCUUGCUGGGUUUGAAGCAGCAGAAAUCGAAUUUUGGAGCAUCUAAUAGCGGUUGUAGUGGGGCUGGGCUAGGAACAUCGAGUAACUUUUUACAACAGCAACCACAGCAGCAGCCACAGACGCCUCCAAAAUGUUUCACCUCUCUGAAAUCGUCUAUGACGCCAACAAGAUUAUACAGCAGCAGCAACAACGUCACAUCUCCCUUCAACAACAGCAUCGUCAACAACAUCUGCAUUGACAACAGCAAUAGUUUCAUAAACAACAACAACAACAACGUCAUUAUUAACAACAAAGUUUAUAACAACAACAACACAAUGAAUGUCAAUCAAUCAUUUGGUGGCAGUAGUGGUCCCAGGCUAAGAAACGCCAGUGAAAAUUACAUACAUCCUCAGAUGUAUCCAAAGAAUGAUACUGUAUCCGGCUCGUAUCAUUACGUUGGUAGCUAUGCAGAAAUUGUUUUCAGUGCGAUUAGGAUGAGAAUUGUCGCCAUCUUAGAUGUGCUCUGUCUUAAGUUAUUAAACUAUCUGAGUGACAUCUGGCUGGUUAGAUACUUCUUCAAUGAGUCAGUCGAACUGAAGAACCUACUGCUGUUUCAAGAAUCUCAAAAAUAUAUUUGGAUAGUACAAAGUCUUUCAAUGUUAGCAUCUCAUUCAUACAAAGAGGAUGAGUUUGGAGUUGUGCAAGGUUCAUUAGCCAACAUUCUCAACAAACUGUUGGUUCUACACGAGGCACUGAGUAGACCGAUACAAUUGCCGGCGCUAUCUACGUCAUCGUCGUCGUCGUCGUCAUUUCUGAGAUCGUUUUGGCUGCAGAGGCAAGUGAUCGCUGGGGAGUGUAGGAUGAGGAGGCAUCUUAGGAAUGAGACCAAGGCUGCAGUCUACAGGGUAGUCUGUAGCUUUCCUGACUGUGUUAAGAAUCUCGACCUGCCUUACGAGCAUGUACAGAAGUUGCAGCAUUUUCUAGAAUUCAAAGAAUGA